AAUACAUUGAUGAUGGGCAUGUACACAUCUACACCUAUUAUUCUGCUUUUCCCUGUCUUAUUUUUAUAGCACAUCACAACAUUAUAAACAAGAAUAAUAUCACACCGUUAUUUGCAACAAGAUGUCUUUGUGAUGGACAAACUUCUGUAAAUUAAAUAGCACAAGUUAAAUUCAACCAAAAUGAUGUCUAACCCUGAGUUAUAGGAAAACCAAUUUUUGUUUUCACAGAUCAACAUGAACAGGGGCAAAAGAACUAAUAGAAUUUCCACCUUGACUUGAUUGGUAGGCAAGGAUAAGCAACAUCUUUUAGACACAAGCUUCAACAUGGCACACAGUCAGCUACCAAAUGACUCCUGGCAGAAUGGUUCGACCCCUGUGUUCACUGGCCUUGACCUUCUCUUUGACCUGAAGCCUCUCUUCAUCCCCCUCUAUGCCACUCUGGUAGCUGUGGCUUGCACAGGAAAUUUCCUCCUUAUUCUCCUUAUUGCUGUCACCAAAAAGCUGCACAGCACUACUAAUUUCCUCAUAGGAAACCUGGCUGCUGCUGACCUGAUCAUGUGUGUUGUCUGUGUCCCACUGACUGCAUCCUAUGCCUUUGAGGUCCGUGGCUGGCUCUUUGGGAUGUUCAUGUGUUACUUUGUUGCCUUGAUGCAGGCUGCCACUGUCUUCGUGUCUGUGCUGUCCCUCUCAGCUAUUGCAGUGGACCGUUAUAUUGUUGUUGCGUACCCCAUUCGCAGACGGCUAAGCCGCAAGUCCUGUACGUACAUUGUGGCCCUUAUUUGGUUACUUUCCAUUGUAGUUUCUGUACCCACAUCCAUGCACACCCACUAUUUAGAUCUCAACAAGAUUGGUCAUGACAUGAUCAUCUGUGAAGAAUUCUGGAAGCACGAAGAGAGAGAGAGGCUGGGGUACUCAUGCUCAAUGCUCCUUUUAUCAUACAUGCUCCCACUUUCAGCAGUGUCAGUCUCCUACUUGGCCAUUUCUUACCACCUCAGGAAAAGGAAUAUCCCAGGGGCUGGCUACCAUAAUCAAGACAAAUGGACCAAAAUGAAGCAAAAGACCUUCCGGGUCCUCAUCAUCUCAGUCAUGUGUUUUGCCAUCUGCUGGCUGCCUCUUCAGGUAGUAAACCUUAUCAGAGACAUAGAUGAGGAAUUCACCAUCUUGGACAAGAGGUAUGUGAAUGUGAUUCAAGUGUCCUGUCACUUGGUCGCCAUGAGCUCUGCCUGCUACAACCCCUUCAUUUAUGCCUCCCUUCAUGACAAAUUCCGAUUCCAUGUUACUAACUAUUUUUACAAUCGGAAGAAAAGGUCCAGUAUCAUGUCCCACAGGGCCUCCCGACUAAAUACCUGCUCCACCCUGGCAGACAUCCCAAUGGGCAUCACAGAUAAGUUAGCUUUACAAGGAAGGUUUUCUUUUAAUUAAAAUAUCCCAGGAGAUCACUUCUGUUCUUAUAGACAUAUUUGGUCCCUUACUUCUGGGCUUACACCAAAAGACAUAGAAACCUACCAUGCAUGCGAUGCAAUGGUAUUUUGUCAUUUCUAAAAGCAUGUACUCAUGUCUGAGAACAUGGGAAUAGCACUAAUGAAAAAAACAAGCAAAUGGGUUUUAUGUCUGCUGGAGUAGAAACAGUUCCUCCCAGCAACUCUAAUGUAUUCCUUGAAAGAAAAAAACAAGCAACAACAAUAUUGCAGUCAUGUACAUUGAAGCCAAUUCUGAGCAGUUUUUAACUUCUUGUCACUAAUUUAUGGUGUUUCUAUCGGAAUAGCAAUCAUUUCCUCUUUAUUCAAUUCAAUGCACUGCUAAAAGAACACUACAGGCAAAGAAUGGCCAUUUUCCUGGUUGAAACAGAACAAGAAACUUGACCCCAAGAUUAAAGACCACUCAGUGACCUCUUUUAUGCAAUUUAUUGCAAACUUCAAUUUUCAGAAAUGGUUUACAAAUCUGAACAUGUAACAUUUUGCUUCUAAAUAUUUGUUUGCCUUUUCAUGCCUAAAAGGACACCAAAAAACCCCAGAAAAACUCAGGUGUGAAUAAACAAAUUUAUGCACGAAUUGGAGACCUAGCACCAAACAGCCAUUUUUAUUUGCCCAGGAAAUCUUUGGUACAGUCAAACACCUAAGAAAUAGCUAGUAAUAUCAGAAUGUAUGUACCAACAAGAUAGUGGGCACACAUUUAGGAGCUCAAGGUCAUAAACUCCCACAUUGCUUAGAUUAUUCCCCAGAUUUCUAGUGUAUCCAUCAUCAUAGUAUGUCUACGAACCAUACAAAGAUUGAAGUUAAGUAUGAAAGAAGCAUUUCCCUCAAAAAGGUAUCAUUCUUGGGUAUGGGGGCACAAUCCAUCCAUGAUAUCACACUACUCUCUCCUCAAGAGCCUGAGAUAGACAAAACCCAGCCUGCAUGUAGGUAGGACUGCCUGGGAACACUAGUUAGCAGAAAGACAGGACAAGAUAGUUUGGCUAAAUUUGGGCUCAGAAGUGUUUCUGGUGGGAGCAAAUUCCAAAGGCCAGACAGUGUCAGUGAGUAUGCCCUGCCUGCCCUGCAUGCUUCAGCUACAGCAGAGAGAGCCAAAGUUUUCCCACUGCAUGCAUGUGACAGAGUAGGGCCUAGAUGAAUGGCAGAUACCAAAUUGGUUGGGGCUUAGACUAUUAAGUCUUUGCAGUCUACACCCAGCUCUUUGACUUUCACUCAGAAAUGCACAGUCCACAGAGCACAGGAGUAACACGCUCACACCAGCUUGCACUACUCAGCGGCUGAGCCACCCUGUAAACAAACACAUUAGAUGUACUUUAAGAAAUCCUAGGAGUUCAUGGAUUCAUUUUUUAUUAUAAAGAAUUGUUCCUAAGCAACCAACAUCUUUUUCCUUCUACGAAUAUGUGAAAAUAGUGUUAUAGGUAAAGUUAAAUUACUGUCUAGUGUAUAUUUCAUAAAAUUAUGGUUUGUUAGUGAUGGCUGAUACCUUUUUCUCCAUCUGAGAUUAUAAGGAACAUUCAAAUAUUGGAGAAGGUACUUGAGAUAGUAAAAUAUAAGGCUCAUUUAGGAGUGUGAAGGGCUUUCAUAGGAUGCUUAGCCUUCCAAAAAAGCAUUGCGGGGCCAUGUCUAUUCCAGAGACAUAGUUGCCUCAUACACUCACUCCUGUCCCCCAAGUGGCAUGCUAAAAAAAAAAUCAUGUCGUAUUUGUUAGAGCAAAGCCAGAAGCACCAGGGACCAGUCUUAGGAGUAUGCCCAAGACAAAAGUCCUGCCUCUGGCAAGUAGAGUGGGUGAUGUGGGCACAAGUGGACAAGGCUGGUCCUUGGUGGCACUCUUGGGAUUACCAUGGCAGCAACAUAGACAUGCUAUGAAUGAACAGCUCAGAGUGGCUCAUGUAUUUCCCUUCCCAUACAAUGUACAAUGCACACUAUGUGGGAUAAUCAAACACUGAAGAAGUAUUAGAGGUGGAUUAGUAAGUUUCCGUCUCAUAGGAGCUGUACCACUUUGCAUGGAAUACUUAUUCAUUGGGCAGAGAGGGAGAGAGAAUGACUCUAUAACCUACCAGUGAAGGCACUCACCUCUGCAAGGGGAGACUGAGUUUUAGUUUUUGCUGCAAUGACUACUUACAUACUGAAUGCUUGCACAGUCAUUGGGAGAUGCAAGUUCAAAGAGAGGAGGGAACUGAACCUUGAUAUCCCACUUGUAGUGUAGAUUAGUGUGUUACCCACUGAGCUAUUGAAGACAGGGGAUGAUGGCACUCUCCUCAGCCACUUUCUGUGGGGCCCGAUCUGUGUUCUGAGAAUGCUUGCCACAGUUAUCCCUGCCCUCAAAACCUGCUGGGGGGGGUGUCUAUUUUAUAGUAGCUUAUGGAUCCUGAUGAGGCAAUGCCUAAGUGAUUAGGAGUUAGUCAGCUCUGGGCAUAAAUUUAAUAACAGAAUUUUCCCCUGGUGUUCUAACCCUACACUGUGAAGAAAAAGGAAAUAUUUAGAUCCACCUAUAUCUGAUGUCUGGAGAGUUCAGAGAACGGGCUGGGGAGCAGCUUUUUUACCUAGGGAGAUGACAUAUAUAGCAACGUGUGGAGCUUAGAAUGAGGAGCAGUAAGAGGAGCUGCUUCUUUCUACAGGACAUAUGAAUAAAGAGUCAUCUGCAAAAGGUCACAGAUGGUAGGAUUUGUGAGUUUAAUGUCAGCCACUCAAUAAACAAUUCAUAUCAUGGUAUGUCAUCCCUGUGGAAAAAGUCAGGAUUCCCCUACCACAAGCACAUUCUGUCUCCUGAUAUAUACAUGUAUAGGAUCAAAUCCAGUGUUUGCUACUCUUCAGACUAGCCCAAGGAAUUCUUCCUUCCUUCCUACCCAGAUUUCAAUUUAGGGGACAUAUUUUCUCUUGCCUUUUCCUCCCCCAGCAGCCUUCAUAAAAAGACACCAACAUAUAGAUCACAGUUAACUAAAAGCAUUUAAAAGAUUAAGCCCUGUUACAUGGGGCAGUCAAUAUGGUGUUAACAAGUACCUAGAUAGGGGCUCACCAUCAAGCUUCCUAGACAGGAGUGGAAUAAAGUAGGUCCCUUCCGCUUCCUGGCCACCACUUUAAAAUUGUACACUGGGGCAGAAGGUGGAGUGCACUGAAUAGUGGAAAAGAAGGAAGAUGCAAAGUCAGGGGGUGGCAGUGCUGAGAAAGAAGUAGUUGCUGACUAACAUCCCAGGCAGCAUCUGGCCCAACAUUCUGGCAUCCUUCUCUCAGUCUGUGUUAUAAGUAGGCCCAUUGUGACACUAUUUGAUGAGCUCUUCCAGUGUCUGUGAUUA